UCCUGCAAACUUACAAAGCAAAAACGACCAAAACAGAAAGAAGAAAAAAGUGAAGAACUAUCUUCAGCUCUGAUUGCGAUUGUUUGUUUAGUUUCAUUCGAGGCGCGAGUCUCGUAUUUACUUUUCCAUUAACAACCCACAACGUUUGUGCAUAUUGUACUAUAGCAUACGUUCUUUAUUCAUACUUGCAGAGGAAUUUUCUUGGUCCCAACCAAAAUUUGUUUGGUUUCAGGUGAGAACUUUUGUUUUGCUAAUUUUUGCUGUUUCUUUAUCUGGGUUUUGAUUUUUACCUGGUUCUGUUUCUUGUUAUUAGAUUUUUUUUUGGGUUUAAUGUUUGGUGUCUUUGUGGAUUGAUAGCUUUAUGGUUUUUCAUUUCUUUGAAUUUCAAUUUAAAUUGAGUGUUUAUUGUGAUUCUUGUGGAUGGAGUUGUUUGAUUCUGACGUUUAUGAUAUAGUUAUCUUAGUGGAUCAUGGGGAAUUUUGUUCUAAUUUUGAAAUAAUGGUGCGGUUAAAAGUGUCAGUGCCUGUUUGGUUUCUGAGAAAACAGAGGGUAAAAAAGUAUGCAUUAGGUCACUUCUAGUUUUGGGAUCCAAAAUGAUGGGAAAAGAAAAGGCUACAUUUUCCUGAGGUUGAUGGAGCUUUAGAUUCUUCGUUAAUAACAAAUUUUACAGAUUUUAGUCUUUAAAUUUCCUUUUUCUUUUGGGUCUAUUCUCGGGUAUUAAUUUUGAGUCUUCAUUGUUCAAACGAUUUGCUUCAUUUAAUAAUUUUAAUGCAUGGUUGUCUGAUGAUGUAUUUAAAACAAUGAUUUUUACGUCUUUUUACACUUUCUAAUCCAAGGUGUAUUGUUUAGUUGUGUCUUGAGUCAAAGCAGGGUUCUCGGAAUCACCUUGAUUAAAGGCAUUUUUGAAUUUGUUGCAGUUUGAUUUGUUUGAUAAGCAUUUUAUAGAUGGGAACUUCUGAGGCAGUUCUUCAAGUAUUGUCUUCUGGACCUUGCAUUUUGAGUUUUGAUCCAUGUGCUAGCAAUUUAGAUUUGAAAUUUGUUUCCAAAUUUCACAUAAAAUGUGUUAAGAAAAGGGCCUCAAGGCGUAAGCAAAUAUUCAACUGUUCAAGUUUCCAACAGAAUUACACAGAAAUCCACCGGUUUAAGAGAACAGGUGAUUAUGGCUUUUUUGUGAAUACAUCAGUUGACAGAUUGCAGCUUCUUAGAUGGAAAUGCCAUCAGGCAGAAAAUGUUAGUGGUUUAACUGCAGAAGAUGGGAACAAAACAUGGUUUGUAGAUAAUGCAAGGCCAUUAAACCUUAAUGGUGUGGAAAAUUCUCCAAAUGUUUUGGAGUGUGGGAAUGUCCAGCACUCAAAACAAGAAAAUGGCAAUUUGACAUCUAAUGGUGCAGUUAAACAGGAAAAUGAGAAUUUACCAACUAAUGGUGCAUUAGGAAUAGGUAGAGAUACGCCUCACAAGGUUACUGUAGAUUCUAUUGAAGAUGAAGCUUGGGACCUCCUGCUCAAUUCUAUGGUUUAUUAUUGUGGAAGUCCUGUUGGAACAAUUGCUGCCAGUGAUCCUACUAGUUCCAGUGUGUUGAAUUAUGAUCAGGUCUUCAUUAGAGACUUUAUACCUUCUGGUAUUGCAUUCCUUUUGAAGGGAGAGUAUGAUACUGUUAGGAAUUUCAUCCUUCAUACACUUCAAUUACAGAGCUGGGAGAAAACAAUGGACUGUCACAGUCCUGGUCAAGGAUUGAUGCCUGCUAGUUUCAAGGUGCGUACAGUUCCUCUAGAUGGUGAUGACUCAGCAACUGAAGAAGUGUUGGAUCCCGACUUUGGAGAGGCAGCAAUUGGUCGUGUUGCACCAGUUGAUUCUGGAUUAUGGUGGAUUAUCUUAUUACGUGCAUAUGGAAAAUGUUCUGGUGAUCUAUCAGUUCAGGAGAGAAUUGAUGUGCAGACUGGGAUUAAGAUGAUUCUGAGGCUGUGUCUUGCUGAUGGUUUUGACAUGUUCCCAACAUUGUUGGUGACAGAUGGUUCUUGCAUGAUAGAUCGUCGUAUGGGAAUUCAUGGCCAUCCUCUGGAAAUCCAGGCACUUUUUUAUUCAGCACUACUUUGUGCGAGGGAGAUGCUUGCUCCUGAGGAUGGAUCAGCUGACCUCAUCCGAGCAUUGAACAAUCGUCUAGUUGCUCUGUCAUUCCAUAUCAGAGAAUAUUAUUGGAUUGAUUUAAGAAGGCUAAAUGAGAUUUAUCGUUACAAGACUGAAGAGUACUCGUAUGAUGCAGUUAAUAAGUUCAACAUUUAUCCAGAUCAGAUUUCUCCUUGGUUGGUGGAAUGGAUGCCCAACCAAGGGGGUUACCUAAUUGGGAACUUGCAACCAGCUCAUAUGGAUUUUAGAUUCUUCUCUCUUGGAAACUUAUGGUCUGUUAUAAGUGGUCUUGCAACAAUAGAUCAGUCACAUGCGAUAUUGGAUCUCAUUGAAGCCAAGUGGACAGAUCUGAUAGCAGACAUGCCAUUGAAGAUAUGUUAUCCUGCUCUUGAAGGCCAGGAGUGGCAGAUUAUCACAGGCAGUGAUCCUAAGAACACGCCUUGGUCUUACCACAAUGGGGGUUCUUGGCCGACUCUUCUUUGGCAGCUGACAGUUGCGUGCAUAAAGAUGAAUAGACCGGAAGUUGCUGCCAAAGCUGUUGAAGUUGCUGAAAGGCGCAUAUCAAUGGACAAGUGGCCUGAAUAUUAUGAUACUAAAAGUGCAAGAUUCAUUGGAAAACAAGCACAUCUAUUCCAGACCUGGUCUAUUGCUGGAUACCUUGUGGCUAAACUCCUACUUUCAGACCCAUCUGCAGCUAAGAUGCUCAUAACCGAAGAGGACCCAGAGCUUGUCAAUGCCUUCUCUUUCAUGAUCAGUACUAACCCAAGAAGAAACCGAGGGAGAAAGAAUUCGAAACAGACCUACAUAGUAUGAGUGUUUGAGCCAUGCAUGUAGAAUUAAGGUAAAUAUUCUCAUUAUUAGUGAUCAAUUGAUCCAGGUAAUAUACAUAUACAUAUACAGAUUAAUUUAUAAUUCAUCCAAUUCAGCAAGCGGAUAAGCUGAAAAUUAUAACCGCGAUACACAUAGUCAAACACAUAUAUAUUUAUUGUAACGUCGCAGCUAUAUGCAAAGAUCAUAUACACUGAUAUUGGAUACUGGGGGAGGCACUGGGAAACCUGUUUGUUAUAGGUGGACUAUGGUGAUUUUUCUUUGCUUCAACCUUCAAUAUUGGAUAAAUCUAUGCAAUUUUCUUUUGGUCAGAACUCAAUAUGAGAGAGAUCAGAUGUAUUUUCUUUCUACACCUGCUCAUAUGGUUAAGGGCAUGAUGUAAUGCAGGCUGUGCUAGUCUUUGUAUCCUUGAUGUACCAUGUUAGUCCAUCAAUAAAUCAUUUGAAUUCUAUUUUUCUUCAA